UGGGCUAAUCCAUUAACACGAGGCAAAAACAAAGGGAGGGGAUAAUAUAUCAUCUAACCCACUUGCCCCUAUCAUAAUUGAUUGAUUGAAUGAAGUUACUUUUUUAUUAACUUUUUUAUUUAUUUAUUUUGAUCUCAUCACUAGUCACUACCAGUAUUAAUUAAUAGUCCUCCAUACAUUUCCUGUUUCCGAGGACCUUCAAGUUUCUACGGCAUAACGAGAGACGGCGAAAGAAAGAAGGAAAGAGAAAAGAACAUUCAACAAUGGCGAAGAGAAACGCCAUUUCUGUUUCUGUGCAUGUUCUAGUGCUCUCUCUGUUGGCAGCUUCGGUGGCGAUUGCGGGAAGAGAAAGAACAGAGACUCUUUUGAAGAGCUUUGGAAAUCCGAGUAUCCUUGGACCUUCUUUCAAUCAAAUUCAUGAUACUUCCAAGUAUGGGAUUUUGCAGCUCAACAAUGGCUUGGCCAGAACUCCUCAGAUGGGAUGGAGUAGCUGGAAUUUCUUUGCAUGCAAUAUCAACGAAACUGUCAUUAGGGAAACAGCUGAUGCGCUUGUCUCAACGGGCUUGGCUGAUUUAGGUUAUGUGUAUAUAAAUAUAGAUGAUUGCUGGUCUUCUUUAACUCGGAAUUCAAAGGGGCAGUUGGAACCUGAUCCAAAAGCUUUUCCAUCAGGAAUUAAAGCUGUCGCUGAUUACGUACAUGCAAAGGGCCUUAAGCUUGGAAUUUACUCUGAUGCUGGGGCUUUUACAUGUCAAGUUCGACCAGGAUCAAUUUUUCAUGAAAAUGAGGAUGCAGAGCUGUUUGCUUCUUGGGGUUUAGAUUACUUGAAGUAUGACAACUGUUUCAAUCUAGGCAUCAAACCACAAAAACGAUAUCCUCCCAUGCGUAAUGCCUUAAAUGCAACCGGACGUACUAUUUUCUAUUCCAUUUGCAACUGGGGUGUGGACGACCCUGCUUUGUGGGCUGGAAAGGUUGGAAAUAGUUGGCGUACAACAGAGGACAUCAACGAUACAUGGGCAAGUAUGACCACCAUAGCCGAUUUGAACAACAAGUGGGCAGCAUAUGCAGGACCUGGUGGAUGGAACGAUCCGGAUAUGUUGGAAGUCGGCAAUGGAGGCAUGACUUGUCAAGAGUACCGUGGUCAUUUUAGUAUCUGGGCGUUGAUGAAGGCUCCUCUUAUAAUCGGUUGUGAUGUGAGGAGCAUUAGUGCAGAAACUAUUGAGAUUUUAAGUAAUAAAGAGGUGAUUCUUGUCAACCAAGAUCGACUUGGGGUUCAGGGAAGAAGAGUUGACGCUUCAGGACCAGAAGGUUGCAGUCAGGUUUGGUCGGGUCCAUUAUCUGGAGAUCGCUUAGCUGUUGCUCUUUGGAAUCGCUGUUCGAAGACAACAACUAUUACAGCCCAUUGGAAAGCACUGGGGCUUCAACCCAGAACUAGCGUCUCAGUGAGAGAUUUGUGGCAGCACAAAGACAUUGCAGCCGGAGUAGUUUCGUCGUACAGUGCUCGAGUCGAGAGUCACGACUCUCAUCUCUACAUAUUCAGUCUCCACACUUCGGCUGUCAAGAAGAUCUAGCCCCCUGCAGGAGCUUGGACCACUUUGAUAUCGUAAACAACACUUGAUAAAUUAGCACGUUGCAAUAAUUGUAUACAAUAAUUGCAAAACAUCAGUCACGUAAAGGGUCACUUUGGUGUCAUCAAUAGUGACCCUUUUCCACGCUUGUCCUGUACUUACUAAAGUUGAUGUCGUUCUGAUCCAAUAAAUAUUAUCUUUCCAUUAA